AUGGAUAAUGGUGAUAAAAGUUGGAUGAAUCUCCUGAGAUGGACGGAUGAGUAUAUCCGUGGAGUGAAUGAUUUUCUUGAUAAGGCAUUUGAGCGAGCCGCCCAAGGAAAUGAAAUAUUAUGCCCUUGCAAAAAGUGCAUGAAUCUCUAUUGGUAUUAUAGAAAUGUGGUGGAGGAUCAUUUGGUUGUUCAUGGAUUUGUUGAUGGUUAUACCAAAUGGGUUUUCCACAGGGAAGGAUUUUCCUCGAGAAAUACACCUCAUCCAAGCAAUGAUGAUGAAGGUUCUACCAUGUGUGACGAUAUUGAUGGACUACUUCAUGAUACAUUUAGAAAUAUAGAGGUUCAGGCAGGGGAUGAAGAAGGAGUUGGGGAAAGACUAUCUGAAGAUGCAAAGAAGUUUUUCAAAUUGUUGGAGGAAGGAAAACAAGAGUUAUAUCCGGGGUGUGAAAAUUUCAGCAAGCUGAGUUUCACUAUUCGACUGUACUUGCUUAAAUCCUUGCAUGGGUUGAGCAAUAUGGCUUUCUCCGAUUUGUUAGAGUUGAUAAAAGAGGCAUUUCCCUUUGCUCAGGUACCAGAAUCUUUCAACAAGGCUAGAAACAUGAUAACAGAUUUGGGUCUUCAUUACGAAAAAAUACAUGCAUGCCCUAAUGAUUGCAUGUUAUUUUGGAAAGAAAAUGCGAAUGCCGAGAAUUGCUCUAUUUGUGGGUCUUCAAGAUGGAAGAGUGGUGGUCCUUUGACUAAAGCAAGCUCUAAAAUCCCUGCAAAGGUUUUAAGGUACUUUCCUUUAAAGCCUAGGCUUCAGAGGAUAUUCAUGUGUCCUGAAACGGCUGCUGCAAUGAGAUGGCAUGCUAAUGAACGACCCAAUGAUGGGAACAUAAGACAUCCUGCUGAUGGGGAAGCUUGGAAGGCUUUUGAUUCUUUGCACCCAGACUUCUCUAGAGAUGCUAGGAAUGUUAGAUUGGGUCUUUCAAGUGAUGGUUUCAACCCGUUUCGGACGAUGAGCAUUUCUCAUAGCACGUGGCCUGUUAUGUUAAUGAACUAUAAUUUAUCACCGUGGAUUUGCAUGAAGCCAGAGUAUAUAAUGUUGUCUAUGAUCAUUCCAGGUCCAUCAUCUCCAGGAAAUGAUAUAGAUGUGUACCUACGACCAUUAAUUGAAGAAUUGAAGGAACUAUGGGAAACUGGGAUAGACACAUUUGAUGCUGAAACCAACCAAACUUUCCGAAUGCGUGCUGCCUUAAUGUGGACAGUUAGUGACUUUCCAGCAUUAGCAAUGCUUUCAGGAUGGAGCACUAAGGGGAGAUUGGCAUGCCCCACUUGCAAUUAUGACACAUGUUCUCAAUAUCUCAAACAUAGUCAUAAGAUGUGUUACUUGGGCCAUCGAAGAUUUUUGCCUCGUGAUCAUCCAUUCCGACGAGAUAAGAAGUCUUUUGAUGGUAAGGAGGAGCAUAGACCUGCACCUGCUCCAUUGUCGGGUGAAGAAGUGUUUGAAGAGCUGCUUGAAUUCAACAAUAUCUUUGGAAAGAGAGCUAAAAAAAGGCCUCGGAGUGAUAAGGGUCCGUGGAAAAAGAGAUCCAUUUUUUUCGAAUUGCCAUAUUGGGUGCAUAACAAAUUGAGGCACAAUCUUGAUGUGAUGCACAUCGAGAAAAACAUAUGUGAUAGUUUGCUUGGGACUUUAUUAGAAAUAGAUGGAAAAUCAAAGGAUCAUGAAAAAUCUCGCUAUGACUUACAAGAAAUGGGGAUACGAAAGGAGCUGCAACCAAGAAUAAAUAAUGAUGGAACUAUAAGUUUGGCUAAAUCUUGUUUCUACAUGGAACCAAAACAGAAAAGUUUGUUUUGUACUGUCAUGAAAAAUGCUAAAUUACCAAAAGGGUGUGCUUCGAAUAUUUCAGAACGCGUGCAAGUGAAGGAGAUGAAAAUAUCAGGGUACAAGAGUCAUGACGCCCAUUUUAUAAUGCAUUACUUGCUCCAGGUUGCUGUUAGAAAAGUGUUGCCCAAGAAUGUUUCAUUGGCCUUGAUUAGGUUGGGAAAUUUCUUUAGAGCUAUAUGUAGCAAGGUCAUAAGGCGAAAAAAUCUUGAAACAAUGCAGUCUGAAAUUGUUGAAAUAACAUGUGAGCUUGAAAAGAUUUUCCAUCCAACAUUUUUUGACAUAAUGCCACAUUUGCCUAUUCAUUUGGUGAAUGAAAUUAAGCUUGGGGGUCCGGCUCAUCUUCGUUGGAUGUAUCCCAUUGAGAGGAACCUAUGUAAGUACAAGGCCUUUGUACGUAAUCGAUCUAGUCCAGAAGCGUCAAUAGCAGAGGGGUUUUUGGCCGAUGAGUGCUUGACUUUUUGUUCGAGAUAUCUACAUGAUGGCGUGAAGACAAAAUUUAGUAGGUACCAAACUGUGGAUGAUGAGUGCUCUCAAAAUUUGUCACCUAUAUUCCCUAAUAUAGGCCAUCCAAUUGGAAGUAAGAAAAAAAAUACUUUUCUCAUGGAUUCGCAGUUAUGCUUUGAAGCACAUCGAUAUGCUCUGUUCAAUACUGGAGAUGAACAAAUGGAAAAGUUUAUCGAGGAACAUAAGAAUUUAAUUGUUAAUCAUAGUAGAUCAAAUGCAUGGGUAAGAGCGAGGGAUCAUAGUCGGGAAUUCAGCAAUUGGUUUAAAGAAAAAGUUAAAAAUAUUGUAUUGCCAGAUUAUUUAAGAUGGCUAGCCAACGGACCUAAUAUAGUAGCCAAAAGAUAUACGGGAUAUUUUAUUAAUGGAUACCAAUUUCAUACUAAAGAACGGGAUUCCCGAGGGAAGACUCAAAAUAGUGGAGUGACUUUAUCGGCAACAUCAGAUAGUUUUGCUAGUGCUAGGGACCAAAAUCCCAUCGAUGGCGAGGUUAUCUAUUAUGGAGCGAUUAAGGAUAUCAUUGAGAUUGAUUAUUGGGGUUCUUUUAGUGUUGUACUGUUUAGAUGUGAUUGGUUUCGUAAUGAAAUAGAUGAUUAUGGGUUAACUCGGGUGUACUUCAAUAGAUUAUGUAGUACAGAUGACCCUUUUGUGUUGGCAUCACAAGUUUAUCAAGUUUUUUAUGUGGAGGAUCCAAUUGAGAAAGAUGUUUAUUAUGCAAGGAGUAAAGUACCUGUUGAUUUGUAUGAUCUGGAGGAAGAAAAUUGUCCCAAUAUUGGAGACACAUUUUGGCGGGAACCUAAUAAUGACAUUGGUUCCUCAUCUAUAUUGCUUGAUGAUGACGUUAGAUGGUCAAGAGAAGAUGUACCCAUUGAUAUCAUUGAUAUUCCAUCUCAUGCACAAAAUUCACAUGAUACAAUUGGGGAAACAUCGGAGGAGGAGGAUGGGUUUGAUGGUACCGACUGGGACUGGAUGGAAGCAGAUGAUUAA